AUGGCCCCCAAACCCAAGCCGGAUGAUCCUGCCGACUGCGUAGUCUGCGGCAAAGCGAAGGGUGACGACGCUGAGACGGUGGAGUGCGAAGCUUGCCGGCUUUGGGCACAUUUGGCGUGCGCUGGAGAAACGGGAAAAGUUGAGAAUUACUUUUGCCCGAACUGUUCUCAGUCGCUCCAUGUGCCAAAGACCCGGAAGAACGCCAAGAAGCCGAAGAGCGAUGCGGGCACUACUUCCGGCGCUGCUGACCUGCCGAAGGACGUGCUGGAACAGUUGGAGUUGGAACGAGUGGAGCGGGAGAAGAAGUUGGCCCAGGAGGUGAUGAUCCGCAUGAAGCGGAUCGAGAUGGAGAAGAGUUUUGCCGAGCAGGAGCUCCGGAUCGAGAGAGAGAUGCAGGAGAGGGAGUUUGCGGCGGCGAACGAGGUGCGCGCGCUGAAGCUCAAGAUGGAGCAGGAGUUUUUGGAUAGGCAAAAGGCUGCGGAGGAAGAGUUCCUCGCGAAGCAGAAGGAGAUGAAGAAGCUCAUCAAGAAGAGCAAGCAGAAGCUGGAGAAGGCUGCGGUAGGUCCACCGGCUGGCAAGGGCGAGGGAGCGGGCGCGGGCUCGACGGACACUCCGAAGGGGGUUCUUGGAAAGCCGAAGAUACCCGUCCCCAAACUCAGCGAUUUCGAUCCCGACAGCAGUGGUGAUGAGAGCGACGAGAAGGAGGACCCGACGACACCGGUUUCCGGAUCGCGCGAGGUCUCUGACGGGCCGGGGAAACCGGUCACGAAGUUGACGAAGGAGCAGUUGGCGGCUAGACAAGCCAUGUCGCGACAUCUGCCGAAGUUCUCCGGGGAGCCGGAGGUGUGGCCUCUCUUCAUAAGCAGCUUCAAGUACACCACUGAAGCCUGCGGAUUCACGAACGUAGACAACUUGAAGAGGUUGGUGGAUUGUCUCGAAGGGCCAGCGCUGACGUUGGUGCAUGGUCGGCUCGUGCUGCCGGAUGCGGUGCCGGAUGUCAUCGAAGACUUGCGACACAUGUUUGGCCGGCCGGAGAAGCUGCUUCGGGCGCUUUUGCAGAAGGUCCGGAACGCGCCAGCUCCCACAAGCGAAAAUCUUGACACGUUCAUCCAUUUCGGGAUCACCAUCAAGCAACUGUGUGAUCACCUGGAAGUGUCGGGCAUGAAAGACCAUAUGAACAACCCGAUGCUGGUCCAGGAGCUGGUUGAAAGGUUGCCGACAAGUCAUCAGCUCGACUGGGUGCGCUACAGGCGAGGAAAGGUCAACACUCCGCUGAGAAUGCUGUCCGACUUUUUGUCGGAUCUGGUCGAGGACGUGUCGGAGGUGGCCGAGUUUGCGGCGCUCUCGCUUCAAGAGCCGACGAAAGCACACGGCGGAAAGGGCAAGCGGAACGAGUUCGUGCACCUGCAUGAAGCGACGAAAGAGAAAGCGGCGGGUGGCAGAACGAGCAUGGCUUGCUACGUUUGUAAACAAACCAACCACUUGAUACGGAACUGUAGCGAGUUCAGAGGAAUGCGGGUGCCUGAGCGCAUGAAGACCGUGGAGCGCUUGAAGCUGUGUACGGUGUGCUUGAGCAGCCAUGGCAACAGCGCGUGCCAUUCGAAGAUGCGCUGCCAGAUCGGAAAUUGUCGAGGACAACAUCAUCCGCUACUUCACCGCGAGGAAGCUGCGAGGCAGUUCCAGCGGGUUGACUGCAACACGCACAAGGUCGACGGCGGGGUGAUCUUCCGGACCAUUCCAAUCACCAUGUACGUGGGGAGCAAGGCGUUCAACACUCUGGCGUUUUUGGACGAAGGAUCGUCGAGUACACUCAUGGAGGAGUACGUGGCCAACAAGCUGGGAUUGCAAGGAAAGCUGGAGCCGCUGGUCGUGUCCUGGACAGCCGAGAUCGAUCGGCACGAGAACCAAUCUCGUCGGGUAAGCCUGACGCUUGCGGCCAGAGGUUCGAGAGAGAUGUUCCAGUUGGAGAACGUGCGGACGGUUUCGAAGCUGCAGUUGCCGCAGCAAGAUGUGAGGUUUAAGGAGGUGCAGAAGCGGUACGGUCAUCUGGCGGGUGUACAGGUUGCGGAGCAGGUCAAGGAGAAACCGACCAUCUUGAUCGGGCUUGACAACAUCCAUCUCUUCGCGCCGCUGGAAUCAAGAGUCGGUCAACAAGGCGAACCGAUUGCUGUCCGUUCAAAGCUCGGCUGGACCGUGUACGGACCUGAUACACCCAAGCCCUUGGUGCAUACGUUCCUGAAUCUGCAUGUCGUCAAGCCGGCCAGUAACCAAGAACUCCACGACAUGAUGAGGGACCAGUACGUUCUCGACGAAGCUGGUGUUGCGUCGUUUUCGGUGCCGGAGUCCGCCGAAGAACAACGAGCGAAGAAAAUCUUGGAGACGACGACGAAGCGCACCGGAGAGCGAUUCGAAACCGGUCUGCUGUGGCGCGAGGACGAGCGGCGAUUCCCGGACAGCUACCCGAUGGCAACGCGGCGGCUGCAGGCGUUGGAGAGGAAGAUGGACAAGAACCCGGCGUUGAAGCAGAACGUCUCUCAACAGAUCGCCGAGUACCAGAGCAAGGGGUACGCGCACAAAGCAACGGCCGAGGAGCUGAAGACGCCCAGCAACGCCGUUUGGUAUCUGCCACUGAACGUCGUCCUGAACCCUCGGAAGCCGGACAAGACAAGACUGGUUUGGGACGCGGCGGCGUCGGUACGGGGUGUCUCGCUGAACUCACAGCUGCUCAAGGGACCGGACAUGUUGGUGCCACUGCCACGAGUUGUGUGUCGUUUCCGGGAGAGACCGAUUGCGCUGGGUGGGGACAUCCAAGAAAUGUACCAUCAGAUCAGGAUCAGAGAGGAGGACAAGCAAGCUCAACGCUUCCUGUUCCGCGAGAACCCUGCCGACGCUCCGCAGGUGUACGUCAUGGACGUUGCAACUUUCGGGUCGGCUUGCUCCCCAAGCUCGGCUCAGUUCGUGAAGAACUUGAACGCGGACCAGUAUGCGGAGGAGUUCCCGGAGGCAGCGGCGGCAAUAAAGGAGCGACACUACGUGGACGAUUACUACGACUCGGUGGACACGGUCGAGGAAGCGAUUCGGCGGGCCAACGAGGUGAAGUUCAUCCACUCGAAAGGAGGUUUCAACAUCCGGAACUGGGUGUCGAACUCGAAGAAGGUGCUGGACGCGAUGGGAGAACGAAGCGUGAAGACAUCCGUGCACUUCAACCAGGAAAAGUCGGCUUUCUACGAGCGUGUACUCGGCAUAGUCUGGGAACCGGAUCAGGACGUGUUCUGUUUCGCGGUGGCCUCGAAGCCGGAGUUCCGUGACGUUCUGGCGGGAGAGCGACGUCCGACCAAGCGGAUCGUACUGAGUGUGGUCAUGGCGCAAUUCGAUCCAGUGGGAUUCCUCGGACCGAUCACCAUUCUCGGGAAGAUCCUGGUGCAAGAUCUGUGGCGCACGGGAUGCGAGUGGGACGAAAUGAUCGACGAGUUGGCUUUCCAGAGGUGGCUGCGUUGGAUCAACAUUUUGGCGGACGCGAAGCACUUCAAACUACCAAGAUGCUACUUCGGGAACGCGCGGUGGGACGAGAUUCAGGAGAUUCAGCUGCACAUCUUCGCGGAUGCGGGCGACAAGGCAUACGGAUGCGUGGCGUACUUCCGAGCGAUUGUCCGGGGUGAAGUGGUGGUGGCGCUGGUGAUGAGUAGGUCCAAGGUGGCGCCGCUGAAGAUGAUGUCCAUUCCGCGUCUGGAGCUGGAGUCGUGUGUACUUGCGGCGCGCAUGUCCCAGGCGAUUCACGACAACCACAGUUUCCCGAUCAGCAAGACCUUUUUCUGGACUGAUUCGGCGGUCGUCCUGUCGUGGAUCCGUUCCGAUCAGCGUCGCUACAAACAGUUCGUUGGAUUUCGGAUUGGUGCCAUUUUGAGCAUGACGUCGCUGAUGGAUUGGAACUUCGUCCCGACACAACACAACAUCGCAGACAUCCUGACGAAGUGGGGCAAGGACCCGAACGUCCGGCCCGACAGUCCGUGGGUCUGCUGCCCGAGGUUCAUCCACGACCAGCAAGUAAACUGGCCGAAGAAAAGCCUGCCCCCACCGAACACCACGGAGGAACUUCGCGUGCAUCUUCUUCUACACAACGUGAAGGUGGUGGACACCAUCGUGGAGGUGAAUCAUUUCUCAAGGUGGACGAUGCUGGUGAGGACCAUGGCGUGCGCUCACCGAUUCGUGUCGAACCUCAAGCGGAAAACGAAAGGGCUGCCGAUGGAGACGCUGCGUGCGACGAAGGCGCAGGCGAAGAUGCUGAGACCGACGACGGUACCAUCGAUACGUGUAGCUCUGCAGCAGGACGAGUACAAGCAGGCGGAGGUGUACCUGCUGAAGAUGGUGCAGGCGGAGAGCUUCAUCGACGAGGUGAAAGUGCUGACCAGGAACAAGGAUCGUCCGGCGGAUCAGUGGCUCGCCCUCGAAAAAUCAAGUCCGCUGUACAAGCUGACUCCACUGGUCGACGAAGACGGCCUGCUGCGGAUGGAAGGUAGAACCGAGAACGCGGAGUUUCUGCCUUUCGAUCUGAGAUUCCCAGUGAUUCUACCGAAGGAUCACCAUGUCACCCGGAUGAUUGUCCAGCACUACCAUCAGAAGUUCGGACACGGAUAUCGCGAGACGAUCAAGAACGAGCUGCGCCAGCGUUUCUUCAUUCUGGGGGUCAACACACUGGUUCGACAAGUGGCGGCGGCGUGCGUCUGGUGCAAGGUGCACCGCAAUCAGCCGUUGGUUCCAAGGAUGGCGGCGCUUCCUGUGCAACGCAUCACACCGAAUCUUCGCCCGUUCAGUUACGUCGGGGUUGAUUACCUGGGACCGCUCGACGUGUCAGUGGGACGCCGGUCCGAGAAGCGUUGGGUAGCGCUGUUCACUUGCUUCGUGACGCGCGCGGUGCAUCUGGAGGUGGCGUAUGGGCUGACGGCACAAACGUGUCUGAUGGCGAUUCGCCGUUUCAUCUGUCGUCGAGGCCCUCCGGUCGAGUUCUUCUCCGACAACGGAACGAACUUUCGGGGCGCGAGCAAGGAGCUGGUGGAGACGGUGCGGAGCAUCGGGAACGACUGCGCCGAGGUGCUGACAACGUCGAGAACGAAGUGGACCUUCAACCCACCCGCUGCACCCCACAUGGGGGGUGUUUGGGAGCGUCUGGUCCGCUCUGUGAAGGAGGCGCUGGAGGCGUUGGACGACGGGCGGCGGCUGACGGACGAGAUUCUGGUGACCUGUCUGGCGGAGGCGGAGGACAUGAUAAACUCACGUCCGCUCACGUACGUGGCUCAAGAAUCGUCGCAGGCGGAGGCCCUCACACCAAAUCACUUCAUUCGAGGAGUUUCACCGAACGAACCCAACACGGUCCCGCCAUCCCCUCACCCUGCAGAAGCUCUACGUGACGCCUACAAGCGGUCGCAACAGUUGGCAGAUGUGAUGUGGCAGCGCUGGGUCAAGGAGUACGUGCCGUCGGUGAAUCAACGCACGAAGUGGUUCGGUGAGUCGAGGCCGCUGAAGGCGGGCGACUUGGUCUACAUCGUCGACGGGAAGAACCGGAAGUCCUGGAUCCGCGGGGUGGUCGAAGAGCCGAUCGUGUCCGGCGACGGGAGGAUUCGCCAAGCGAUGGUGCGAACCAGCAGCGGACUGGUGAAGCGCGCGACAGCGAGACUGGCCGUGCUGGAGAUCGAGGGUAAACCUGCUUCAGAGGCUUCGGAACCGGGUUUACGGGCCGGGGAAUGUUGAGGCCGCUCACUGCCGCGACGGGGUCGACACCAUGCUGCUGCGUGGGAACGAACGGCGCGACGGCAUCUCACGCGCGUGAGACGUGAGAAGAAGGAAGAAACAAUGACGAAACACACGAGCAGAGGGACGACAAAUCAAAACAAAGUUCACAAAUUAAAAGUUUACGAGCACGGAAUAGUUAGCGCGGAGGAAAAGUUAGUUUUGUGAGGAAAUUAGGAGUUUUUGAGGAUUUGGGAGUGGAGUUUGUGGGCCGGGUUUACAGAAAGUGAACGGACACAUCUUCACACAAGAACCACACGCGGGCGACAACCGGGUGGUGGAAUACGGAGCACAGAGUAGAGAAUUUCCUCGAAAAGGACAGGACAGGGCGCAGGUUCUCGAACAAGUAAGUUUGGAACAGAUAAACAUGUAAAACGAAACAGAAACAUGCAAAAUCUGUACAAAACAUGUAAAACCGAACACGCUGUUAAACAUAACCUAAAAUUACAGCUACAACACAAACGUAGAACACAAAUCCGGAUCGGGUUGGACGGAAAACAGGAAACAAACAAAUUGUAAGACAAAAACACACACACACAAACACAACAUGUACUAAACUUAAAUCUAAA